AUGGAGAGUGGGGGCAGUGGGCGAUCGGGCGGAAGUAGCAGCAGCCGAAGUGCGCGAACAGGGGGGACCGGCAGUGUUAUCGGGCGGAGUUCGGGAUCGAGCCGAGGCGACUCAGGCAAUUCCAGGUCAAACAGUGGCACUGCAGGAUCCCUCGGCCGAAGCUCAUCUGUUGGCGGCAGUGGUGGGAUCAUUGUCGCUGCUCCUGGCGCUGGAGGUGUGGCUCCUGCACCCCCAUGUGCCAGUGAGUGGGAGAUGUUCCAAUUUGGAAAAUACAAUCUGGACAUAAUAGAGAUGUUAAGCGGACACCAGGCCCAUCAGUUCAAAGGCCUUGGGUUAGAACGACAGUUACAGCAUCAGCAGCAAGUGCAGCUUCACCAGCACCAGCUCCAGCAGCAGCAACAACAACAGGCCGAGACCUCAGGAGCUCUCCUGUCUGGGCUAGGCCUUGGGUCCCUCCAAGGGGCCAGAAGCAACGCCUUUUCCGAUUCUGCCUCUAUUUUCGCCAAAAUGAGCGCCCCUCCUCCACCCCCUCUACAACAACAACCUUCUUCGUCCUCACAAAGCUCAAGAUCCAAGUCAAGCAAGAUGAGUAGCAGCAGCAGCUCAAGCCAUGUGUCGGGCUACCCACAGUUCCUGCGUUCCUUCCACCCGACAGAGGCAGCUCUGGCACAGGAGCAACUGCAUUCUGGGGUCGGCCGCUUCGAGCACUUUGCUGGGGGUAGCAGUGGUGGGGGUGCCGGGGGGUUGGGAGUUGCCCCCCCUCCACCACCCCCUCUGCAUCCAGGCCUCUCUGUCCCCCAAGCAUCACCUGGCCCUUCAUCCUCUUCCCCCUCCCCCUCUAGUUCAGUGGUAUCUAACAAUCCCCCCAGUAGCAGUGCAGUCACCUCUCUGGGACACCAGCUGGUUGGGGCCCAAUCUGAUGCACGGAGCCUUCACCAGCAGUUCAGUUGCAUGCUAGCUGCUAAUCAGUACUUUCUCUCUGGGGUGCCUGCUAAUGCUAGCUUAGAGCAGUUUCUGGUUCAGCAGGGAACCCACAACCACCUGGGGAUAGGUUUAGGUCAGAGUGAGGGAUCCAGCUCAGGCCUUGCUCCACCUCCAGCUCUGCAUUCCUCUCAUUCACAUGGCCUCUCUACCGCUCAGCCACAGCAGCAGCAGCCUCCACAGCAGCAGCAGCUGCCUCCCCAUACCCUGUCCCACCCCCACUCUCACUCCCACCCUCACCACCCCCUCCACCCAGGAUCCCAGCCGUCCUCCCUGGGUGGUUUUGACUUCCAGGGCAUCCCAGUGCUCUCCUCCAAUCAGCUGGCCUCUCUGAUGCAGCAGGAAGCAGGCCUGCCGCUCCCCCUGCCGCUUCAUCUGUCCCUCUCCAAGGAUGACGGCAAGGGGGACAGCAGUGGGGGCGGAAGCAGCAGCAGUAGGAGGAAGAAAGCGAUGGCUGGCUACCUGCCACAGAGGAAGUCAGAUGGCGGCAGUAACAGCAGCAGCGGCCACGGCAGUGGGAACCCCAAUGCUAGCAGCAGUACAGGGGGUCUGGGCCACGACCCCUCCCCAGGGCUGGUUGUCGGUGGGGGCGGAGGGGUUGGCAUGUCAGGUUUGGGAGGAGAUCCAUCCCUCCUUGCCUCUUCAUCAUCCUCAUCAUCAUCAGUUGUCUCAUCCUCCUCUUCCUCUGGCCCCUCCUCCACUGCAGCAUCAGUCCUGGUUACUAAUGGUUCUCACCUAUCCAAAGCUGAUAACAUGGGCUCCAUGCCAUCUGCAUCUACACAGGAUGACACUGAGCCCCUCUAUAACUGUGGUGAGUGUGGCAAAACCUUCACUCACCUCUCCAGCCUUCGCAGGCACCUGCGCAUGCAUGAGUCUACGGCAGCAGGUACUAGCAAUAAUGCCAGCAUUAACCCAAACCCGACUCAUAUCCAACCACCAACUGACCCCAGUCUCCCACACUCCACCCAGGAUCUGAACUCUCAAUCUAGCUCGCUGUCCUCCCAACAAUCAUCCAACUCAGUCCAGGCCUCCUCCUCCUGCCCCAGCCCUGACAAGACCUUCAAUUGCUCAGAUUGUGGCAAGCACUUCAAGAAGAAGGGGCACCUCCUCCAACAUGGCGUCAUCCACUCAGAGGCUCGCCCGUAUGGGUGCAGCAUCUGCUCCCGGGCUUUCAACCGCCGUGAGUCGCUGACGCGACACGAGAAGAUUCACCAGGACAAGCCCUUCCGCUGCCCAGCCUGCGGUCGAUGCUUCCGUGAGAGCACCUCUCUACUCAACCAUGCUGCCUCUGGCACAUGCGGCAAGCCAGGUAGGACAUCAAAACCACAAGGCAGCAGCAAGGAAGGAGCUGUAGGUGAGGGCAGAAUGGGAGGAGGGGGCGGAGGAGAAGGUGGAGUGGGGGAUUACCAGGGUGGUAGAGGGGUAAUUUAUGGGAAAACUGAGGAAGAGGAAGAGGGUGUGAUCAUGGGAGGUGAGGGGGUUCAGAAGUCAAGGCUAGGGUGUGAUGGUGGUCUGUUUCAGUCAGAGAGGGGAGGGAAUGCUAACAGCAGGGACAGGCCAGAUGGUAAAUACCCCACUGAUUACUCUCGGAAUCGUUACACAGGCUACCAUGACGACCACCGUUCUCAAGGUAACCCGUCUCCGUGUUACUCUGGAGCCUCCCCCUGUGGCAGCGGGAUGGCGGGCCCGGCGCUGAGGAAGGCGCCCUUGGCCCCGACGCUGCACCCCCACCCUCAGAGUCAAACCCAACAUCACCACCAGCAGCAGCAGCCUCACCUCCCCCUGUCCUCUCUCCUGGAUGACUCUGAAGACGACGUCACCAGCUCUGUCAACAACGCCAUCUCAGCCAUCGCCGCCGCAGCUGCCGCCAACUGUGAUAUGAACAGUGGGAACAGAGGCGACGAUAGGAGGGAUAUCAUCGGAGGGCUGUUGGGGGGGCUGGACUUAGGCCCCUUGGGUUCCCCUUCAUCAACAUCUGGGAUGGAUAAGACCUAUAGAGGAGCAGGGAACCAGGAUGGUAUGAGUGGUAAUAUGAACCACAACCAACAGCAGGGGAGUGAUCCACAGAACCCUGCUGCCAAACCAAAACGUCCCCGGAAACCCAGAAAGCCCAAAGACCCCAACGCUCCUCCUAAACGCAGGCAGUACACCCCCAGAACUCCCAGAGAGUCGAGCAACAUCCCGCGGCCAUAUCUGUGCAGUGUUUGCGGUAGGGGGUUUGCACGCCGCGAGACCCUCCGUAGGCACGACCGCGUCCAUACUGGGGAGAAGCCCCACCGCUGCAGUACAUGUGGGAAGUACUUCAGAGAGGCCUUCCACCUCACCAAGCACCACACAGUUCACUCUGGGGAGAAGAACUACAAGUGCAGCCUGUGUGGGAAAGAGUUUGGCUACUCCCAGAGCCUCAAGAGGCACGGGAAGCUCCAUCAGAAAGGGGAGCUGGAAGAGGUGCCCACAACACCAGGAGGGGAGAACCUCAACAACUUCAACACAAACCCCUCAUGUGGUAUGGGCCAAGACAGGGAACAGAACCAAGGAAACACCUCCUCCUCCUAUUACUCAUACCCCCAAGAUGUCAAGCCUCAAGGCUCCAACAGCCAGCCCCCACCCAGGCUCUACACCUGUGCGAUAUGCUGGAAGUCUUUCCGCCAUCACUUCCACCUGACGGCUCAUCACCAGACGGUCCAUGAGAACGGAGGUGAGAAGCUGUUCAGCUGCGAGGUGUGUGGGAAGGCCUUUGCCUACUCUAACAGCCUCACGCGACACAGGCUGUCACAGCACGGCCUGGCGCGCACCGGCCCUGACAACACACAAGGGGACGCCAGUGGGUCAGUGGGAAACAGUGCAGCUGGUGGUGGAGUGAGUGGGACUGCGUCAGAGAGCGAGGCAGCCACCAACGCCCUCCUUCAGAUGGCACCUUCCACUGAGGGCCACGGUGGGCAGCAGAGUCACAGUGUUGUCACCCACAGUCAUCAACAACAGCCACCUCAGCCCCCAGCUGGCUACUCCCCCCUUUUCUAUGAUGCUGGUACGGCCCACUCCUCAGCCUCCAGCGUCCCUCCCUACUCUCAGCCCCUGCCACCCAACUCCACAAUCAUGCCCCCUCAGCACCAGCAUUCCCCAGCAAGGGUUAAAGGGGAGCACAUUUACCCAGCUGGGUCCAGUAGUCACACCCUUCACACCACGGCUCCAUUCCAGCCCCUCACGGAGCUGCCGUCCGACCAUCAUCACCACCACCACCACCACCACCAUUCUUCACAUCACCACCACCGUUCAGAGCCCCAGUCCCAGCAACAACACCACAGGAACAUCCAAUCACACGAUGAUAUGAGGAGGCACAAGAAGAAGAAGAAAAAGUCAGACAGGAGGGAGGGGAGCGAGGGGAGGGGGGACAUGUGGGGGGAGUCCUCAGGCUUCCUCAGAGACGAGGGGAGGAAAGACAAGAGGAAGAGGAGGACUGUUUUCCAAAAACAGUUGAGGAAGAAAAAGCUGCUGUUGAAAAUUAGACGAGGGGGGGAAGCGGGAGGGGGAGGAUAUGAGUUGGUCACAACAAGAGGGAUGAAGUUACAAAUCCUGUCAUCUCUCAAAGUCCCAGUGAAACGUUUUUGCCUGCUCCAUCUGUCCCCACGCCAUGUUCGCUCGCCAGGCUGGCCUGCUAGCCCACAGGGCAGCUAAACACACCCAGAGAGUCCUGUCCCCCCAGGAGCGUCUCUGCUGCGGUGUGUGUGGGAAGCAGUCUCACAGGCUCCUGGAAUCCUUCAUCCACCGUGCGACUCAUCGGGGGUCCUUCUCCUGCAGGCACUGCUCCGCUCGCUUCUGGAACGCCCCCCUCCUCCGCAGGCACAAGGUGACCUGCCGACAUAGGGCCAAGGGACUGCCACGAGGUGGCGCUAUCAGCCUGAAGUCAUCCAAGAGGGUGGGGGAGAGGAAGAGCGGAGAGGAGCGGAGGGAGAUGUCGCACUCCCUGCUUACAGAGUACAGAUACUGA